UCACGACCGACCGCUCAUCCCAUUGCACGUCCACACCCGCACCUGACAUCUUCACAAUGGCUCUCGGACCCGAAUCCCAGGCAAAGACCAAGACCACAUGGCACAUCGGCGCAUGGGGUAACCCCUACGAGGGCGGUGGCCGACCCGGCAAGGGCAUCGUCACCUACCAGCUGAGCCCCAACCGACAGCGCCCCAUGGCCAACUUCCUCAGCAAGGGCUUCUGGAACGUUAUGCGCCGAUCCAAGAACCAAGUUCUCUACAUCAUUCCCCCGCUAGUUCUCGGAUACGCAACCAUGCAGUGGGCAAUCGAGAGGAACGAAUUCCUCAACUCGAAGCCUGGUCGUGCUCUGUACGCUGAUGAGGAGUAAAUGCGCGGAGCAGAAGUGAUGAGAGGCUGGCUUGUUGGAGGGUAGUGCAUGUCGUUGGAAGACUCAAGUGGAGGAUACACGCAACAUGCUAGUCAUUGUAGCGAGACGACAAAUAGACUGUACAACCACGACUUGAAUCUAU